AAUAUAUGAUGGUUUUUCUUGCAGACUGUGAUUACCAUGAUAAAUCAUGCAAUUGGAGCCUCUGGAGUUGUUAGUCAGCAAUGCAAGGCAAUUGUCGAGCAGUAUGGACAAACCAUUAUUGAUUUGCUUUUAGCCGAGGCAAACCCAAAGAAGAUCUGCUCCCAUAUUGGCUUGUGCUCCUUUGAUGGUUCCCGUGGUGUUAGUACGGGCAUCAAGAUUGUAGUGGAUGAGAGCAGCGGCAAAGUUUCUAGCGGAAUUUGUGAUGCCAUGUGCCCUGCUUGUGAGAUGGUUGUUGCUUGGAUGCAAAACCAGAUAAAGCAGAAUCAAACACAAGAUGUGCUAAUCUUGCCAUCAUCAUGGCCAAUAUAA